AUGAACAACAUUCAGCGCUUCGUUUUCGGUUUUCUUCUGUUAGCAACAGUUGAGGCUGGUCCUCUGAGGGGCCCGCUCCUACAACCAGGUGGCAUACGACAACGACAAUAUGACAACUCCAGCGCAACGAGCCACACACAAUCCUCGUCGACGACGGCCGAUCUGUCUGAAAGCGCCGGCGCAAAAGCGGCUACCAAUUCCCUUCCCGGCUUUGUAGGGUUCACUGCUGAACAGGCUACUCAAACCUCUUCUACUCUGACUGCCUCUAGAGAGGCUUCAUCUACUCAGGUUGGGCCCGCUGGGCCCAGCGCUUCUCAGGUCGCCGGUGGAUCAUCAAGGAAGCAGUCCGGUGGAUCAUCACAGCAGGUUCAGGCUACUGCAUCGACCUCGCUCCUUACCUCAUCUGAUGCAGCUAAAGCCUCUCCCGAUGCAAACUUGGCUCCAUCCAACCAAACCACGAUACAGUCGACCGUACAAUCUGCGUCUCAAACCUUGACUGGAAGCCCGCUUACGGCCUCUUCUGACUCAAGCCCAGAGCCCCAAACAACAAGCGAGGAGACCUCACAGGAGGCCGGCAUAACGAGCUCUUCAACCUCCACAGCCAGCAGCAAGGUCUCCCCGACCGGCACGGCCAAUGCCUUCAUCCCGACAUCCGUGAUCACUUCGGCUGUCCCUACUGGGACAACUGCCGUCUCUUCCUCCCAGUAUGCCUCGAACCUUGCCGAGGCCAUCAGGCUCAACGCAGCGUUCACCGAGAUCUCUGCAGAUUCGGCGUGUAAUUCCGGCCAGUACGCCUGUGUUAACGCGGAAUAUGCCCACUGUUCCGCCGGUGGAUCCUGGGAUAUCGUGGGCUGCAGCGAGGGCACAGUCUGCGCGGCUAUGCCGCUUAAUACGACCAGCGGUGUCAGCCUUCGUUGCUUUCCGAGAGAGACCGUAAUUGCUGUCCUGGGCUCCGUCCCAGAGGGGAGUACGAGCUCAAGUUCGAGCUCGGCCUCAACCCAGCUUGGCUCGGCGACCAGCACCAUCGAGACAACGUCCGAAUCCAAAACCGCCUCGUCCGACGAGGCUACCUCAACAUCGAAAUCUGCCGGGGACGCAGGCUUCACGACUGUCACGGUGCCUUCUUUGACGGUGACAGCAACUGCCGAGAGCGAGAGCUCGACAAAGUCUAGUCUCUCCACGAUUCAACUCACCACGACCAUUCGGUCGACCCUCUCUUCUGAGACCACAAGUUCAUCGGUGACUAAGGAGACAUCCACCAAAAAAUCACCUGAUGAAACACCCAAAGAAUCAGACCGAGAACCCACAAGUACUUCUACGUCACGCACGACGACUACAUCCAGAAUUACAAUCCAGACGACCUCGGACGCCGAGUCAUUCCCAACUCCAACACCAGACGUAGAACGGUCUUCCUCGUCCUCCUCGUCGACGGCCGCAGAAUCGCUAGUCGUUAUUCCCGUGGCACUGACAUCCUCGACAUCGCCUCAGGACGCCCCUGCUCCGACAGACACGGGCUUCGGCUUCGGAGGGUUCGGCGGUGAUGGCGAUGACGACGGUGAUGAUCAAGACCACAAGGGCAACAACUUCGUGGGCAACUCAGUCGGCGGCACCAGCACCAGCACCAGCACGGGCGGCCCCACCACGACCGUGUUCAUCACCGUCACGUCCGUCUCGACCGCUACCGAGACCGAGACGCUGAUCAAGUGGGCCACCACGACGGUCAGGGGGUAA